GGUUAGAUCCUGUGCCCAAACAGUCCCCUGCUCGGACAAAACCCCCCAAAGCAAAGCAAAACCCAUCGCCGUCGCGGCUGGUUUGGUCGCCGGGGGGAGAGCGAGAUCAUCGAUGAGAGGAUGACGGAGAAUCCGAAAUCCUCCUCGCGCGACUGUGCCGUCGAGAGUUCGGAGAGACCGUGCAAAAUAGCGAAGAGCGAGCGCUACGGCGACGAAGGAGAAGGAGAAGCAGAAGAAGAAGCGCAGCAGCCACCGGAAUCAGGCAUUGCGAGUCGGCCCAUGAACCAAAACCCUCGAGCACAGCGCUACUUGAUAGCAAUUGAGUACAUUGGGACUCGCUUUUCGGGGUCGCAGCAGCAGCCUAAUUGCAGAACAGUCGUCGGCGUUCUCGAGGAGGCUUUUCGCAAGUUCAUUGGUCAGCCGGUUUCGAUCUUCUGCUCUAGUAGAACCGAUGCAGGAGUCCACGCUCUGUCCAAUGUUUGCCAUGUAGACGUGGAACGGAUUAGCAAAAGAAAGCCUGGUGAAGUGUUGGCACCUCAUGAACCUCAAGUGGUCAGGCGAGCCGUGAAUCAUUUUUUGCAGAGAAGUGAAGGUGAUAUAUCAAUUAUUGACGUUCGAUGUGUUCCGGCUGAUUUCCAUGCUAGAUAUAGAGCUUGUGAGCGAACAUACUUCUAUCGGUUGUUUUCCGGGCCAGAGCCUCUCUCAACUUUUGAGAAGGAAAGAGCAUGGCAUGUAACAGAAGAGCUAAAUCUUGCUUCUAUGCAGGAAGCAUGCAAAGUUCUCGUUGGACUACACGACUUUAGUUCUUUCAGGGCAUCAGGUUGCCAGGCCAACUCACCUAUCAGGACUCUAGAUGAACUCAAUGUCUCUGAAGUGGUCUCGUCUCCAUAUUUCCCUUCUAUGGUGGAAAGAAGAGUUGAAAGCACGAAUGGUUUGACUGAUCUUGGAUUUGGCAUGAGGAAAAAGCAUCGAUGUCUAGUGGUAACAGCACGUGCUCGGGCUUUCCUCUACCACCAGGUUAGACUGCUAGUUGGUGUUCUUAAAUCCGUUGGCACUGGAGACCUAACUAGUUCUGAUGUUGAAAGAAUUUUGAAUGCGAAGGACGUGACAGCAGCAAGUCCAAUGGCUCCUGCAUGUGGUCUCUACCUUGGACAUGUGAAGUAUGACCUGCCCUGAUUCCACCUGGGCCUGCCAGUCAAUGAGGAUUUGGUUUCUAUGGUGCUGAAAACUUCAAUGCAAAUUAACUUUUCAUGAAUGGUAGAAAGCGGACCUCUAUUCUCUGCAGCAUGCGGAAUAGAUGGGCAUUUGAAGGGCAAUGAAGAGUUAAUUCCCAAAGAAACCUGCUGGGCUGAAAUGCAUGGUUGACAAUUGCUACACGUGCAUGUGCAUGAUGCUUUUUCGCUGCAUAGACUCCCAUUUCAAAAGAGAACCUUACUUUCCUUGGUGGCAGUCAUUUCCUCACUUGCACAUUCAAACAUGUUAUUGCAGACCUCCAGCAUUAUUUUGUCGGCCCCAUUCCUACAGGAUGAUGAUUUUCCUCUUUUUUGGCUCACCAAAGCUUUUGCAAUGGUUGGUUAGAUACAUACCCUUGUUUUCAUAGAUCAAUAGUCUGCCAUUUGUUAAGUAGAUGUUGUACUGACUCAUAAUCAAUCAUAAAAUGGGAACAGCCAAUUAUGUAUGCGUUCA